CCGAGGCGAUAACGGGACUGGCCCGGGCGAGGCUGGGCGGGACGCGCUGCGAGGCGGGGCGCGCCCGGUUCUUCGGCACCGAGCGGUUGCUUUGCCGGGGCUGCUGCGCGCCGGGCCUCUGGCGCAGAGGCCGGCCGACGCGUCAUGGCUGCGGGGAGAGCCCCAGGGUGGGCCGUCGGGUUCCUCAGCGCGGGCUUCCUGUUGCUCCGGUUCGAUUUCAUCAGCUGUGAGUCCCAACGGAUAUUUGGAGCUAUGAAUGGGAACAUAACUUUCAAUACAACUAGCUUUAUGCCUUUUAAAGAGAUCCUGUGGAAAAAAGGAAAAGAUAAAAUCAUAGAAUGGGAAGAAAACUCUGAGGCCAAACCUUUCCCACCUUUUAUAGGUAGGGUUCAUUUAGACAGUACCUCAGGUCAUCUCACCAUCUUCAAUUUAAAACCACAAGAUGAAGAUGAAUACGAAAUUGAGUCUCCCAGUGUUCAAGAUAACACCAAGUUUGUUCUUAACGUGAUUGAGCCUCUUCCAUCUCCAACACUAAAUUGUACAGAAACUAAUGAAAGCAUCAGAGUCCAGUGCAUUAUCCCAGGAUUUUACAGAAGCCAUGUAAACCUUACAGAGUACUCAUGGGAUUGCUCUCCACCACAGUGUAUUAACUGUAGCUCAGAUCCAUCUGAAGUGUGUGUUAAUAAGGAAGAGUAUCUCUCAGAGAAAAUACAGUGUAAUAUCAGCAAUCCAUUAUUCAAAAGAACAGCAUCAAUCGCUUUGGCAACCUGUGUCCCAGGUGAUAAUUCAAGGUACCGGUAUGGGCUUGUAGCAAUACCAAUAACAAUAAUAAUACUUGUUUUCCUAUUUAUAAUAGGUCGGCAGAAAUACAUAAAGAAAUAAGCAGAACCUGCUCCAGGUAAUAGAAGAUGGUAGUAGAAGAUGAAAUCAAAUGUGUAGUAACUAAGUUAUUUGACUUUGGAAAGCCAUCAGACUUACCAUCAUUGCAUCAUCCUUGAAGAAACUUUUGAAGUCUAAUCCAAAGUCCUUCAUCAGAAGGAAUUUUUUUAAGAAGAAAUAUAAACUAACAACCAGCAUUAUUUCCUGCUCUGACAUCAACACUGUAUAUGGUUAGGUGCUCACUUUAUUGUCUUCCCAUUGUUUAUCUUAAAUUUUAUAUUGGAGAGAUGUAAACUCUUGUAAAUAAAUGUAAAUAUGUACAGAAGUAA